AUGCACAGAUCUUGGAUUGCAAUUUCUGUGCCACGACAAUUAGGUUUUUUAGGUUUCAUAAUUUGCAUAAAAGAACAAUUUAUUAAUUUCAAUCUUAAAAACUGCUAUAUUCUUAUUCUCUACCACCUUCCCAUUCAAACAGAACAGCAGACUCCUCUUCAAUCACCAAACAGCCCAGGAGGACAGCCCUUGCCCCCCAAAAAGCCCAGACCUUCCCAGCUCACCUUGCACACAGACCCUGCCGAAGACGACCAAGUGGUUCCCUGCUUUCAACGUCUAACGGUAUCCGACCGCAUCAGUCCCCCCCAGACGCCCAGCCGAGUCACCAAACCCCUUCCCCCAAUUCCCGGCUCAGCGGAGCUUUCCCCGGAUCAGGCUAUGGACAGUGAGGUAGAGUUCUUCAAUGGAGAUGACAAUCGCUGUCUAGUUUCCGAACAUUGCUCCAAACUCUCUCCGUUCCGCUACGGAAUGCCCAGUCGGAGGAGUUGUGGACAGAUUAGGGGCUGUGGACGGAUUAACUAUGCAUACUUUGAAGGUCCAACAUCCCAGCAGAAGCCGCAGCCGCAAAAGCCAAGGCAGGAGCAGGAAACUCAGCAGAGGGAACAGGAGCUCCGUGACCACCACCAACAGCAACAGCAGCAAAACUGUCUCCGACAGCAGGAACGUACGCAAAGGAAGCUGCGGCGCUCCCAUUCCGGCCCCGCUGGCUGCUUUAACAAACCCACCUCCUUCCGACUGUCCAGUCACCACCGGAACACACAAGGCCUGGAUAAACCGGAAGUUCCUCCCAGAGUUCCAAUUCCACCACGACCAAUCAAGACGGGAGACUACCGCCGCUGGUCAGCCGAAGUGUCAUCGGGAGCCAACAGCGAUGAUGACCGACCUCCGAAAGUACCUCCUAGAGAACCUUUAUCCGGCAGUAGUUCCCGCACCCCGAGCCCAAAGAGCCUUCCAGUGUACCUCAACGGGAUCAUGCCCCCAACACAGAGCUUUGCUCCGGACCCUAAAUAUGUCAGUCGCGGCCUGCAGAGGCAGAAUAGUGAAGGCUCCCCGUGCAUUCUG